AGACACCUGCUGGACCUCAUUACCCGGCAUUGACUGCUAUUCUCAGCCUUCUUCACCACCACUCAUAACAGCAUGGCCAACCCUCGCGUCGAGGAGCUUCCCGACGAGCCCGAGAAGAAGGACGGCCCUGAAGUCGAGGACGACGAUGACAGCUCCGAUGAUGACGCUGGCGAGGCUAACAUUCCUGCCGGCGCCACCGUGACCGUGCAUAGCCGCAAUGAGAAGAAGGCACGCAAGGCCAUUGCCAAGCUGGGUCUGAAGCACAUCGAGGGCAUUACGAGGGUGACGUUGCGACGGCCGAAGAAUAUUCUGUUCGUCAUCAGUCAGCCCGAUGUGUACAAGAGUCCGAGCAGCAAUACGUGGAUCAUCUUCGGUGAGGCCAAGAUUGAGGACCUGAACUCGCAGGCACAAGCUUCUGCUGCGCAGCAAUUGGCUGCUCAGUCUGCGCAUGAGGCUUCGGGACAGGAGAACGGUGCUGCGGACAAGGGUAAGGCGGUUGAGGACAAGAAGCCCGCCGAUGACGACGACGACGACAAUGAGGAGGUUGAUGAGACCGGGCUUGAGGCCAAGGACAUCGAGCUGGUCAUGGCUCAGGCCAGCGUCAGCCGAAAGAAGGCUGUCAAGGCAUUGCAGGAGAAUGACAAGGAUAUUGUCAACAGUAUCAUGGCAUUGUCGAUAUAGCGUCAGUAAGCGCCUCAGGGGACUGUACAUAGGCCCUGGCGAAAGCUCGAAUGGUUUCGCACAACGACUUUCGGCGCUGUAUAGUCAAGUGCCGUUCAUUUACUUAAAUCAAUCGUCCCCCAGGUCUCAGUACCUUUGCUCGCCUACCGCCACCCUGAACAGUGGCACCUCUUGCUCGGCCACGUGAGGCCAGAUGAAUAUGAAAGCGAGCGUCAGUGAAUUGCCGACGCUGGAUUGUAUUUACGUCGCGAACUCCUUUCAAUUUGUAAAGGACCUCUAGAAUGUCGAGACUGCUGCUACAC